AUGCCUCCUGAAGUAGAUUCUAAAACUAGCGAAAGUGAUAAGGAGAUUCAGGAUACUAAACUGUCUAUCUUAAUUGCUAAACGUGAAGCUAUAUUCGGUAUCAUGCAAAAUGUCUUUGACUUAUCUCGUGAACCCGAUGUUCAUACGAACGUUGAAAAAAGAGAACAUUUUCUAGACGAAUCUUCACAAAUUGAUUCAUUGCGUUUAAAGUACGAGUCUAUUGUAGACGAUUAUAAUACACGUUUAUUAAACUUAAAUUCAGAUGCAAAACCUGAUUACAAAAGUCUGUAUGCUUUUGAGACUUUGUAUAAUAGGGUCAAACGAACUCAUACAAAAUGCUCAACUUUAAAUACGACACCAGAAAUACAUAAUGCGACCUCCGCGCUGCUAAAAGCCAAGCCGAAGCUAGCUCCCAUAUCGAUAUUAGAAUUCGAUGAACGUUUUAAGUGCGUCAAGGAGAAGAAUGCCUGUGUGAACUGCCUGUCUAUAAAACAUAAAGUCGGGCAAUGUGAAGUCUCCCCGCACUGUUCGUGUGGUCAGAAACAUAACAAAAGGCUGCACUUUGACCAGCGCGAGGAACAUUCCCGCGCGCCUCAGUUGAAUACCGUCAUGCCGCCACCGAACGCACCUACCGUUACCGCGUCAUCGCCCGUAGCGGAUGAUCGCGCCGACGUAGCACUGUGCGCUAUGCGCGUAAGCCCGUCUACCAGCGCUACGCAGGUGUAUAAUAGCAAUUUAAUGAAUCGUGUGGAAGACAAGCGAACUACUGUCUUAUUGGCUACCGCACAAGUUGCUGUUUACGACUGUAAUGGUGAACGGCAAGUUAUACGUAUUCCGCUUGCCGAUGCGAGUUACGGCGUACCUGAUAAAAUUGAUGCUUUAAUAGGAGCUUCCCUAUUUCCACAUUUGCUUUUCCCCGACGACGUCCAUACGUCACGUCGCGACCCGUCGGUGCCCGUUGCAUUGCGCACGGUGUUAGGUCUGGUGUUCAUGGGCAAUGCGCCUACGAUACCUACUAUAAAUACUCAUACGGCCUUGACAUGUUGUUUCGUUCAAGAGCCUCCUGCUAUUGACUCUUUAGUCAAGCGUUUCUGGGAACUUGAAGAACUUCCUUCCGCUUACAUUCAGAAUCCUGAUGAUAAUGAAUGCGAAGACUUCUACACUUCGACUACUGUCCGAGAUCCCGAUACGGGCAGAUACGUUGUCGGCCUGCCAUUUAAAGAGGAUCUAUAUUCCCUAGGGAAUUCUUUGGACAUAGCUAAGAAACGUUUCAUCUGCCUCGAAAGAAAGCUUGAAGCUUCGAAUAAAUUGAGGUCGGCAUAUGAUGACGUCAUAAAAGGUUAUCUCGCGAAAGAUUAUAUUUCUCCCGCGCCUUCAUAUGAUUCUAAAGAUCCUGUUCCGAUUUACGUGAUGCCACACACGGGGAUUUUACGUGAAGACAAACUCUCGACGAGACUGAGAUUAGUCGUCGAUGCUUCUUGUCGUUCUAGUUCUGGAAAGGCACUGAACCAUCUGCUACAUUCCGGUCAAAAUUUACAGGGAGAUCUUUUUAAAAUAAUUUUGAAUUUUCGUCUGCAUGCAGUGGCAAUGACAGCCGACUGCCGAGAACAGUUUCUACAAAUCGUUAUGCGCGAAGCUGAUCGUCGCUAUCAAUGCUUCUUAUACCGCUUUAAUCCACAAGACCCUCUUGUGCUAUACCAGUUCAAUCGAGUCUGUUUCGGUCUCACUUCCAGUCCCUUCCAUGCACUGCGCACGGUAAGACAGCUGGUGAAUGACGACGGCGCAAAAUAUCCACGAGCGAAUAGCAUUGUGCUACCCGCGCUUUAUAUGGAUGACGUAGCUUUCUCGCUUCCAAGCGAACUAGAGGCAGUCACUGUGUCGCUGCAGAUGAUCGAUCUUUUUAAGGGUGCACAGUGGGAAUUAGUUAAGUGGAACAGCAAUUCUCGCGAGGUCUUAGAUAACCUUCCUGCGUCCCACAAACUUCCGACUGAAGUGGAGUUUGACAAAACCAUGCACCAUAAAAUACUUGGUCUGCAUUGGUAUACUGGAAAUGACGCUUUCUAUUUUAAAAUUUCUGUGCCCGACGAUGUGACAUGCACUAAGCGCUCCAUCUUGUCGACUGUUGCCCGUCUGUGGGACAUAAUGGGCUUCGUUGCUCCCACAGUCGUGUAUGCCAAAAUAUUAAUUAAAAUGCUUUGGCAAUUAAAUCUUGAUUGGGACACUGUAGCUCCACCACACAUCAUUAAGAUGUGGAGACAGUUUUGCGAUGAGUUGCCAGCUCUAAAUAAGCUACACAUACCGCGUCAUGUGGGCGUGACAACAGACUGUGAGGUCACUCUCCUGGGACUAUCAGAUGCUAGUCUCGCAGCCUAUGGUGCUGUCGUUUAUUUACACGUUAGCUCCCCUACUGGUAACACUGUGCGUCUUGCUUGUGCGAAAAGUAAAGUUUCGCCGACGAAACCUCAUUCAAUUGCUCGUCUCGAACUAUUAGGUGGCGUCCUACUGUCGAAAUUGCUUCGUACAGUACAUGACACUUACUCUGAGCGUAUCCCAAUCAAGGCUACAUAUGCAUUUCUCGAUUCCAAAGUCGCCCUAUAUUGGAUAAAAAGUUCACCGCAUAGAUGGCAGACUUUUGUCGCGAAUCGCGUUGUACAGAUAACUGAGAAUAUCUCACCAGACAACUUUUAUCAUUGCCCUGGCACUGAGAACUCUGCUGAUAUUCUAUCGAGAGGUGUAACUCCUGAGAAGCUUCUCUCACACCCUCUGUGGCUGCAUGGUCCACCAUGGGCAUCAAUGCAUCCGUCUCAGUGGCCACUCAAAACUCUAGAGGGAGAGUCUAUUGAAGACGUACCCGAGAAGAAGGUUCUUAUACACACUGUGUGUAAACCUAUACUCCCGAACGACUUACACGAGCUUGCUCUCCGUUUUUCUUCGUGGAGCAAACUUCUACGUAUAAUUGUAUACAUUUGUAGAUUUGCUAAAUUACUGCCUCGUCGCGGCACUAGUGCAGUUACCGCUGACGACUUAAAUUUCGCAGAGAAUAGAAUGCUUCGCGCUCUGCAAAAUCAGCAUUUUGCUGAAGAAUAUUCUCUUAUUAAAAAUAAUAAAACAUGUUCACCGGCAUUUAAUCGCCUAAGACCAUUUAUUGAUGAUGGACUUAUCCGCGUUGGUGGUCGUCUCGCCAACUCUGGACUUAGCUUUGAAAAAAUACAUCCGGUUAUAUUGCCUCGCAAUGGCCACGUGGUAAAUAUAAUCAUUGAUUAUUACCACAUUAAACAUUUACAUGCUGGACCCGAACUCCUAAUGGCCCUGCUUCGUCAGAGGUACUGGAUUCUGUCGGCACGCCGUAUUGUCAGGCAAAGAGUACAUAUGUGCAAUACUUGCUUUAGAUUUAAACCGCGUCCAACCAUUCCGCUGAUGGCGGAUCUUCCUGAUAUACGUACACGUCCAGCAUUGAAAGCCUUUAGUUUCACCGGCUGCGAUUAUGCAGGUCCUAUACCAUACGUUCCUGUACGCCGCCGUGGCGUACACAGUGAGAAAGCUUAUAUUGUGCUGUUCACGUGUCUCACUACGAGAUCUACGCACAUUGAGGUUGCUACCUCACUCAGCACCCCCAGUUUCCUCGCCGGGUUUAAAAGAUUCCUAUCACGUCGUGGUCCUGUUCAGGUGCUGCAUAGCGACAAUGCUAAAAACUUCCAGGGUGCUGCUUCUUACCUUCGGGACCUCUAUAAAUUUCUAAGAGAAGAAUAUUACCCGAAGCUAGAGCAGGAAUGCGCUGAAAAUCGCAUAACUUGGAAAUUCAUCUGUCCCAAUUCCCCACACUUUGGAGGUUCAUGGGAAAGUAUGAUCAAGGUGACUAAGACGAUCCUGUUCAAGGUCAUAGGGCAACAGCUCCUUUCUUAUGAGGAACUUUGCACUGUGCUCAUUCAGGUCGAAUGUCUUCUCAAUUCGCGUCCGCUAACAAUACUAAGCUCUGACCCUGCCGAACCUUCGGCUCUUACUCCAAGUCACUUCCUACAUACUGCGCCUCUAUUCUCCUUGCCUGCGCCUGAUGUCAAUCCAGACAAAAUUAACUUGGUUGACAGGUACUCGUUAAUAGAUAAAAUGGUCCAAUCGUUUUGGAAUCGUUGGAGGAUGGAAUAUUUGCACGGAUUGCAAGUUCGUUUGAAAUGGAAUACGCCUUCCGUACCUAUUACGCCGGGAACUGUCGUCGUAGUUAUAAAUGACAACGUACCGCCUCUGGCUUGGCCUCUAGCAGUAGUAGAGAAAGUGCAUCCCUCGAAAGACGGCGUCAUACGCGUAGCGACCGUUAAAAUUUCCGGGAGAACUUACGUCCGUCCGGUCGUUCGCUUAUGCCCUCUUCCGACGCAAUAA